AUGUCCGUAUUCACGCCAGGAAAGCUGGAAUCACUGCGUAACGUCCUUUCCAAAAGCCCAGACCGAGAUGUCCUUCACAAAUACCUCCAAAGGUCCAAUACCGGCCUCCUUCGGGACGCCGUUCUGGUUACCCUCCACCGAAAAUGGUCCGCAACCCCACCGCACCGCCUCACUGAGCUUGGAAUCACCACCUACGAUAGAGCCAACACCAACCAGGGGCAACCCAUAGCUGGCCCACAUGCCGAAGAUCUACUCCGCCAAGUAUGGUCUCUUCACCUUGUCAUCCGCUCCACUGCGCACCUCGACUCUACACCCACUGGUCUAGACCCUUUCCACUUCGGUACGACAGUUUAUGUGUCCCACGAAGAAGCUCUCAACCUCCUCCAACAGAUCUGGCAUCAGCCCAUGAAUGAGAAGAAAGCAGCAUCCGGCUUCCGACCGAUCGUGUACAUGUCCUUCGGCGCCAAUGACAGUAUAAGCAAGAUGCGAAAGACAGCUUUUGACUUCGAUCCUUCUAGUAUAGUUACUACGAUAGCAACUCUAGACGCGCAAGUUAUACCUCAGCAAGCAAAGAUAACGCGCCACGCAGAUGCAUCGUUCACGUACCUCCUCCAGCAGUUCAAGAUUCCUGUCCACCACCCUCAGAAUAGUGGCAAUGCUGCCAUGUACGCUACCAUUAUCGCCACCCUUUCAGCCAUUCGUUUCGAAAUAUACUCAUGCCCGUCGAGUUGCAAGUCGGCAGAGUCUGUGGUGCAGGGUUUGAUGAAUUGGCCGACGCCAGCGCCGCCGAUUGGGGUGAGAGUAUAUUGUUGGAGAUGUGGAAUUGAGUCGCAUGACUUUGUCGAUUGUCUGGAUGUGGAUCUGAGAUGUAGUAAGUGUGAAGGUGUGACGCAGCCAUGGAGGAGGGAUAAUGCUGGAACACAUGUUGAGGGAUCCUGCACGUUUCGGUGA